AUGAGGGUUUUCACCAUUACUAUUGCGAGUGCUUUGCUUUGUGCUGGAGCGGCUGCUGCACAGAGCGGUACCUCUGCUGCUACUGCUGCUAGUUCUACCCCGUGGAGGAGCAUUCCCACGCUCCCCAGUGAUAUCGACCAAGGGAGGAAAUUGUUGGCGAAUUUAGAGGACCCCAAUGCGAAGAGUGCCCAAAAACUUUGCCCCGGUUAUACUGCUAUCAACCUUCGGAACUGUCCUGGCGGGUUGAGUGCACGUUUGCUAUUGGCUGGUGCGAAUUGCGAUCUUUAUGGCACUGAUAUAGAUCAACUUUCCCUCCGAGUAUUGUUCGGGCCGAAAUCUCGGCUCAAUAUUCGAAUCCUACCAGCCGAGAUCCCGGAGGGACAGGAAUCGUGGUACGAUACUAAAGAGGAUUAUCUCAGGAGGACAGUUAACGGAAUUCACUUUAAUCCAGCGGACUCCGAGCUUGACUUCCAGCUCAACAGCUCGCCAUUCGAAUUCUCCGUUGUGAGGAAGAGUACAGGUGAUGUCCUGUUCUCUACUAAGGGGAGUAAAUUGGUCUUCGAAAACCAAUUCCUUGAAUUCCGCACGGAAUUACCGGAGAAAUACAACCUUUACGGGUUAGGCGAGGUCAUGCACAGUAUUAGACUCGGAAAUAACUAUAAUCGCACAAUCUAUUCAGCAGAUGUGAAUGAUCCUCUUGACGAGAAUCUUUAUGGCUCUCAUCCUUUCUACUAUGAGCAUCGCUACGCUACACUGAAGGAUGGUUCAAAGAAAGGAUAUGCUCAUGGUGUAUACCUCCGCAACCUACACGGACAAGACAUCCUCCUACGCGAGAAAUCACUCACAUGGCGCACCAUUGGUGGAAUGGUCGACUUGACAUUCUACUCUGGACCUACUCCUGCGGAUGUCAUUGCCGAUUAUGUGAAAACAGUGGGAUUACCAGCGAUGCAGCAAUACUGGACUUUUGGGUUCCAUCAGUGCAGGUGGGGGUACUCUAACGUGUCUGAUCUCAAGGGCGUCAUUGAGACAUACAAGAGCUUUAAUAUCCCGUUGGAAACAAUUUGGACUGAUAUUGAUUACAUGGAUCAAUACCGUGACUGGACCAAUGACCCAGUAACAUACGACCUCGAAGCCUUCUCCGCGUUCCUCGACAAGCUCCAUGCGGAUGGCCAACAUUUUGUGCCAAUCGUUGACGCCGCAAUUUACAACCCUGACGGGAGUCUUUAUAUUGGCGCCGUCUGGCCCGGUUUCACGGUUUUCCCUGACUGGUCUGCGCCUGGAACCCAAGACUGGUGGACAGACUCUUUCCAAAAAUGGUACAAUGAAGUAGAGUACGACGGCAUCUGGCUUGACAUGAACGAAGUGUCGUCUUUUUGCGUUGGAAGCUUCACCCCUGGGGCAGAUGUAAGGGCGGUUAAUUACCCGCCAUAUGCUAUUGACCAUGUGCAUGACGGGCACGAUUUAGCGGUUCAUGCAGUUUCGCCAAAUGCGACGCAUUCGGAUGGAAGUUUGGAGUAUGAUAUGCAUAGUUUAUGGGGCCAUUUGGAAACAAAGGCGACCUACGAAUCGUUGUUGAAGGUGUUCCCGGGGAAGAGGCCUUUCAUCAUCAGCCGUUCUUCUGCUCCCGGAACCGGUGCUUGGGCUGGGCAUUGGGGAGGCGAUAACGCUAGCAAGUGGCUCUACAUGGCUUUGUCGAUUCCUCAGGCAUUGAGCUUCUCCAUGUUCGGCAUUCCUAUGUUCGGUGUCGAUACCUGCGGUUUUAACGGAAACACCAGUAUGGAGCUUUGCGCUCGCUGGAUGCAACUCUCAGCAUUCUUUCCCUUUUAUCGAAACCACAACGUCCUCUCUGCCAUUUCCCAGGAAGCUUAUCGCUGGGCGGCCGUUGCUGACGCCUCCCGCACGGCGAUGGCAAUUCGCUACACCCUCCUCCCAUAUAUGUACACACUCUUCCACCACGCGCAUACCACCGGUGCAACCGUUAUGCGCGCGCUAUCUUGGGAAUUCCCCAAUGAUGAAUCCCUAGUCGAGGUCGACCGCCAGUUCAUGUUAGGUCCGGCGAUCAUGGUUACUCCGGUAUUAGACCAGGGCGCAAAUUACACCUAUGCUACGUUCCCAGGCGGGAAGAACGAGAAGUGGUACGAUUGGUACACAUACGAGGCUAGAAGUGGGAGUAAUGGAAGCUUGGCAAAUUUAACAGCGCCGUUGGGACAUAUUCCGGUGUUUGUUAGGGGGGGUAAUAUUUUGGCUUUGCAGCAUCCGGCAUACACAACCGCGGAAUCUCGGAAGAACCCUUGGGAUGUCCUCGUCGCAUUGGAUUCUGAAGGGGAUGCAUAUGGAGAUUUGUACCUUGAUGACGGGGAAAGCCUUGUUCAGGAGAAGACUGUCUUCAUAACUCUCGAAGCAACAAACUCCCUCCUCAAUGUAUCGCGAAAGGGGCAAUGGAUCUCCAAAGAAACACUAUCGUCGGUAAUUAUCCUAGGGGUAUCAAAGAAGCCUGAUCAAAUCACGUUUGGAAAGGAGAAACUUGACAAAUGGAACUGGGAAGAGAAGAGUCAAGUUUUGAAGAUGACGGGGCUCGAGUUGGUGACGAAGGGAGGGGCAUGGAGUAAUGGGUGGGAGCUGAGUUGGAAGUAAAUGGUUUUCUUAAUAUAAUUAUUAUUCACUAUU